GAGCUUUGACCAGCAUUCCAGUGUCGAACGAGCCCGAUGUGCCGUCUCCACGCGGGGCUCUCGGCCAAUGAGAAAGUGAGAAAGAGUAAAGAAGAGUGGGGGGUGUGGAGGGAGGAGUGGGGGUGAAAUGUUGUCAGAGAGCGUGACACAGAGAGGGAGGAAGAGAAAAGAGAGAGAGAGAGAGAGAGAGACAUCCCUGAUGCACACCAACAAACAGGAGGGACACACAAAAGGAGAGCAGGGAGGGAAGAAAAAAAUGGUCACAUUUCUCAAGCACCUGAAAACGUGCUGGUUAUUUUCGGACGCGUGUUGCUUAUUGAUGAGUGUGGGAGUGUUUAAACUACUUCCACUGUGAUCAUGUUUUCAUGGUGACUGUACAUGGCAAGCAGCUGAACGCGUUGGGACCACUGUAAUUCAGAGAACACCCUUUUACACAGAGAUCCGUCUGACAUCACACUGUGCAGACAGAGAGUCGAGCUUCCCCGUGCGUCUGUUCACCUCGAGAGAACAUCGGGAUCAAUAAGAGACCUGAUCUGAAUUGCUUUUAAAUAGUUUCUUUAUUACUUUUGUUAUUUCUUCUUCUUCUUUUGGGCUGGCCGGGUUUUCUCAGGAACCCCAAUGCCCUGUGCACGCUGCUUUUGGUCUGAGCUUUGGGAUACACUCUACAUGCCCUGGCAGUUCAUGACUCUUUCACCCGUAUCAACAAAACUCCUCGGUGACAAGAAGUGGCAGUCAGUUCAGCAGUAAACGCCUACUGUAAUACGGAACAAACGAACAACACCGAUCGACUGGGAAACAUGGAAAACAGUCCAGGUGGUGGUGUUAUCUUGUACGCUGGCUCGUCUGGAAGUGCCAGUCCGAGUCCUGGCAGCCCGUCAAGUGGAUACCAGACCCAGUCGCCCUCCUCCCACUCGCAGCCUUCAUCCCCGGAGGGUGUCUCCUUUCAGGAGAUCGGAGCCUUGAAGCAAAGAGGGGAGCCAGGGGGAGGAACACCUUCCCCGAAAAUGGUCUUUCAGUUUCCCGAAGUUAACAGUGCUCCAGCUGCGCAAAUUAUGACGGUGUCAUCACCGACCUACAACCAUCCCACCGUUGCCAAAAGGCCUUGUGGCUUCACUGGCACGUUCACCAAAACUGGAGGUAUGGUGCUUCUGUGUAAGGUGUGCGGGGACAUCGCAUCUGGGUUCCAUUAUGGCGUGCAUGCCUGCGAGGGCUGCAAGGGUUUCUUCAGGCGCAGCAUUCAGCAGAAUAUCCACUACAAGAUGUGUGUGAAGAAUGAAAACUGUCUCAUCAUGCGCAUGAACCGUAACCGGUGCCAGCACUGUCGCUUCAAGAAGUGUCUCUCCGUGGGCAUGUCCAGAGAUGCUGUGCGUUUUGGGCGUAUUCCCAAGCGGGAGAAGCAGAGGCUUUUGGAUGAGAUGCAGAGCUACAUGAACAGUCUCAAUGAAUCGGCUUCCAUGGAAAUGGAGGUGUCACCUCCUCCCGAUGCGCCGUGCAGUCCACAGAACCAGACGAUUGAAGGAGCCGGCUCCAUAAUGCAGUCUUACCACGGUAACGAGAAACCACUCAAGAUGGCUGCUGGCAACGGCAACCUUGGCGCUUCCUCUUUCCAGAACAGCGCGGCGCAGGAGCCUGCCCUGUUGCACGCGACUGCCCAGACGCAGCACGCAGUUCAGGUGGAGCAGGCGAACCUGACAGCUAACUACCACGUCCCCCCUAACUUCCCCGUCCCACCUACAGGCAGCGAAAGCACCACCAACGCAAACGUCGACAACGCCAAGUACACGUUCUCCUCCAAUCAGAACCAGUGUCCUGUCAGCGGUAACAUGUCGUCUCAGGGCUACGCAGCCAAUCAGAACGGUUUCCCAGCCAGAGAGUCCUCAAACCAAAACCAGUGUCCCUGGAAGCUGAACGGAGGAGCCAAGGUUCUGGCAUGCCCACUUAAUUCAUGUCCUGUGGCUCCGGCCAGUCGCUCCAGUCAGGAGGUGUGGGAGUCUUUCUCCCAGUGCUUCACCCCUGCUGUUAAAGAAGUGGUGGAGUUUGCAAAGAGCAUCCCAGGCUUCCAGAAUCUCAGCCAGCAUGAUCAGGUCAUGCUGCUCAAAUCUGGUACUUUCCAGGUUCUCAUGGUGAGGUUCUGCUCACUGUUUGACCCCAAAGAGAGGACGGUGACCUUCCUCAACGGACAGACAUACUCACUGGCAUCCUUGAGAGCCCUUGGUAUGGGCUCAUUAUUGGAUUCCAUGUUUGAUUUCAGUGAGAAGCUAGGAUCUUUGGGUCUGGAACCAGAUGAGAUGGCACUUUUUAUGGCUGUCGUGCUCGUAUCUGCUGAUCGCUCUGGUAUAGUGGAGGUUGGCGCAGUAGAGCAAUUGCAGGAGAAUCUAAUAAAAGCUCUGCGUUCACUCAUCACCAGUCGCCGCCCAGACGACAGCACACUCUUCCCAAAGUUGCUGCUUCGUCUGCCGGACCUGCGCACCCUGAAUAACCAACACUCUGACAAGCUUUUAGCUUUCCGCAUAGACCCUUGAGUUCAGACAGCUUAAUGGGGUAACUGCCUUUGGGAACCGCCUUACUCCAUAUGCAGGCCUGGCUUGCUACUUUCCCUACACCGGCCGCUGCAUGAUGGACGGCAAUUUUGAGAGAUCUCCCAGGUCUGAUGUUCCAAGAGAGCCGGGGAAAUAUGAGUGAAGAACGCAGGCAGAGCAGAAGGAGGUGGAAGCUGAUGAACAUAAACCGAUCUGUGCUCCAGUUGCUUCCAAUUGGACUGCUAGAAAACUGUUAAAACUGUAGAGUUCUUCCUUGAGUUUUUCAAGACAAA